CCAUCAUUACUCAGACCAUCACUAAGGGGGGGCGGAAAUUCGCUUCUGAACAAACGCUGAUGCGACUUCUUCAACAUCAUUUGGCGUCGGAGCUGUGGGGAGCCCGUCCGAGUGUCUGUCUGCUGUUUCCGACUUAACCGGGUCGGCCCCGUCAUCUACUCCCACUCCACAAUCCGCUCCCCCCCAAGCAACCGGGUCUCAGAAGAAUGACAGCCGCCGUCGCUACUGCAGUAGUCGCCGCGAAAGCUCCUCUCCGGAUUCUUUGCUUGCACGGAUAUACCCAGAAUGCCGAGGUCUUUCGCAAGCGGCUAGCAGUCUUGCGGAAAGAUGUAAAGGACACCGCAGAGCUAGUAUUCAUGUCAGCACCCCACGAUGUCGCCCCAGAACACCUCCCACCCGGCUUCUCCCAAACCGAAUCAGAAGGCCCCAAAGCAUGGUUCCGCUUCAAAGAAACCGCCGAAAUUUACGAAGGCAUCGACGACUCUUUAGCCGCUAUCAGUUCCAUGUGGUCCUCACCUUCAGCCGAUCUCAGCGCGACGAGGUUUCAUGGAAUCCUCGGCUUUUCGCAAGGCGCGACGAUGGCGGCGAUCGCGUUGCCGCAAUUGGAGCCGAAGCCAUUGUUCUCGAUCCAUGUAUCGGGGUUUUUGCCGAGGGACGCGAGCUGGGCGGGGUUUCUGAAGGAACGCGCGGCGAUGUUGGGUGGUGUGCCGUCCUUGCAUGUGUUUGGGAGGGCGGAUACGUGGGUGCCGCCCUUCAAGAGCGAGAGAUUAAUGCACGCGCCCCUGCGUAAGGGCCCGCAGGCACUAGUCCACGACGGUGGGCAUUUCGUACCCAUGGGAGCAGCCCACCGCCGCCUCUACAAGAAAUUCCUAGGCCGCAUUUCCUCACAAUUGACGAAUCCCCUCGGCGCCCGCGCCUUCUCCACAUCCACCACCGCACGUCAAUCCGACCCCCCAACAUUCCAACAGUUCGCCACAGCCCUAGCCAACGCAAAAGGCGGGCCUAACCGCUCCCCAACCCGUCGCCGUCCCUCCUCCCCACCCUCCCCACCCACCCCAUACGACCCAUCACUCGAACCAGAAGACCUCCCCAAAUCCCUCACCGGCGUCCGCCAAACCCACCACAUCCCCGGCAAAUUCGAAUCCGCCUUCCGGCAAGACGAAGCCGACGCGCGCCGCGCCCAAAAACAAGCCGCCCUCGAUCGUCUCAUCCCACCCAUCCACAAAACCCCCGCGCUCAAACCCCGCGCGCCCGAUAACCGCAACCUCUCCCCUUCACCAGCCGACGACGCCCCACAGCUGGGCAAACGGCAGGGAAGACUGGCGACAAAGAUCCACACGGCUCUCACCGACCUGCACACCUCCGCGCUCCUCCCGCUCCACACGCACUGGUCACUCGCACGCAUCACGCCGUCGGCAUCGAAAAGGUCCGUGUUUGUUUACUACCACAUCCUCGCCGACUCGGAUGUGCCGCCGAAGGAGGUUGAGGAGACGUUGAGGAUGUACCAGCCCGCGGUGCGGAAACUGGUUAUGGAGAAACUUGGGGGGAAUGGGAGGAGGGAGUUUCCGGCGUUGGAGUUUAGGAGGGA